AUGACCGAGACGCAGAAGCCUCCCGUCUUCUCGCCCCCAGGCUUUCUCGACUACUCCCAUCGCCGCCUGCCCCCGCUGGAGAUCCCGCCAGACGCUGUACCACCACGGCCGGAUCACCACUUCCGCUCCCCCAUCAACAAACUACCAUCGAUUCACUCGGGACUGCCUCCACGGCACGACUACCCGCAGCCGCCUCCCACACAUAGACCAUCAGCCCUCGUGGACAAGUUGUUCCAGCCUGCCAAUCCCUAUACCCCGCCCAGGUCCGACCCACCCUACUCCCCCCAGCAAUACGGACCACCCAUUUCACCACGAUCAGAGUAUGACAGCAGAGGGCCGCGAAGACUGCCAGAACAUCGCUAUUCCUACGAGGAACACCGUCAUGUUCAGCACCAUGCGCAUCCUGAAAAAACAUACUCGGCACUUGCUUCGCCAAUAGAAUCAUCGCACCAGAGAGCUUACGCCCCUCUCCCCUCACCUGGAUACACUCCCAGCUACGCGUCAAGCAGCAAUCCGUAUCGAGGCUCUGUCGGUUCGCAGCAACAUGCGCACUCGCAGCGGGGUUCCAUAGCAGGGCCCAUUGGCUCGGUUCCAUACCCAGAGUCUUCGACAGCUGCUGCCCCUCCAGCCCGCAAACCACAGCGGACUAUCCCAUUACCGGGCUCCAUACCACAGCCCGUGUACAACGAGCAACUGAACCUCAACUAUGAGCUCCGAGUGCGGCAGCAACCCAUUGCGGCGCGAGCGUGCGGGUUCGGCGAACGCGACCGGAGGGUGAUUGACCCUCCACCCAUCAUCCAGCUACUUGUGACCGACCCAAAGACGGGUGCCCCCGAACAGGAAGAACUGCGCUACUCACUAAACGUUGUUCAUUGCACGCUUUGGAAUGCAGAGGGCACCAACGAAGAAACCGCGCUGAUACAACCCGACCGACGAACGACACGACGGCUAAUGGGUCAGCUGGUGGCUUCUCCGUCAGUUGCAAAAGACGAGCACGACGUCGAAGGGUGUUUUUUCUGCUUCCCAGAUCUUUCUUGCCGCACUCAUGGCAAAUACCGACUCCGCUUUGUACUCAUGCGCAUCGAUCCCAUGAACCUCCAUGUGGGAGGCUUCUCGCCAAUACUCACAGAAGUCUUGAGCGAUGUCUUUACCGUCUAUACGGCCAAAGAUUUCCCCGGCAUGCGACCGAGCAGCGCUCUGACCAGGGCACUAAAGUUGCAAGGCUGUAACAUCCAGGUCAAGAAGGGAAACGAGAAGGCGCUUGCUCGUAAGCGACUCACUGCAAGCCAAGAGCACGAUAACGCAGAUGAAGAGGACAUGAAGAGGCGGCGCAGGGAGUAAUGGCACGACGACUGCCUCUGCAGUAGUGGUUUUUGGCGCACGCAUCUUUCUUUCCCGUGGUAAUCAGGGAUAUCUGAAGCAAUUUUUUUCCACAGAUACUGAUUCGCAUAUUGACGACGUCACGAACGGACUGCAUUCCCUCGGGCAAACUUUGAUUGUAGUUUUACGCUUCUUCCUUUUACGGCGGCGGCAGCGAGGCGGUUUGAUGCGGCCUUUUGCGCAGUACAAAAGGUGUUGGCGGACUCGAUUGCGGCGGCCAUUUUAUAAUGCAUUUCUGAUUGUAGCGACGACCAGCACGAUACCAUUUCAUAGCCCGUAGUUUCUCACAUAAUAGAAGGCG